AUGGCUGACAGAGACGACAUGUGCAGCAGUUGUUGGACAGCGGGGGGAGAGAGUGAGUGUUCCUUACAAGGGAGUGUCCUCUUUGGGAGGACGAUCACUACUUUCUGUGUAUAUUUAUUUUGGUUGGAUCACUCAUCGACAUCCUGAGCAGAGUACAUACACAGCAGAAGCAGCAGCGGUGGGAACAGCAGUGUGUGCCUCAGGUGCUGGACAAGCAUGAAGAGCUUGAUGGAAUGGUUUUUCACUACUCUCGGUGCUGUGGUUGUCAUCUACUAUGGAGUGAAGCUGCUCCUUUUCACAAGGAUGCUUUAUCCCAAAAGGUGGUUUCCGCUGCGCAUCUUCUUUUUGUCCAUGGGGGAGUGGGCAGUGGUGACCGGAGCUUCAGAGGGCAUAGGAAGACAAUACGCCUUGGCGCUGGCUGAACAAGGGAUGAAUGUGGUUAUCAUGAGCAGAACCAAAAUGACUUUGGACAAGGUGGCCAAGGAAAUAAGCGAAACUACACAUCGGAUGGUAAAAGUGGUCGUGGUAGACUUCACCAAGGACAACAUCUUCAACGACAUUGAGGAGGAGCUUAAGUACCUGGACAUUGGUGUAUUAGUUAACAAUGUAGGCAUGCUGCCCAGUGUGAUCCCUCGCAGAUUCCUUGAAGAAGAAGAUCUGGACCAGAUAAUCACGGGUGUGAUAAACUGCAACGUGAAAACCAUGGUGAAGAUGUGCAAAAUAGUCCUUCCAGGCAUGGAAAACAGGAGAAAAGGGGUGAUAGUAAACAUUGCAUCCGGAAUUGCUUCCAUCCCGUUCCCUCUGUACUCGCUGUACGCUGCAUCGAAAAUAUUUGUGGAGAGAUUUUCUCAAGGUCUUCAUGCAGAAUACAAAGAUAAAGGUGUUAUUAUACAGGCAGUCACACCCUUCGGGGUCUCCACUCGAAUGGUGCGCUACCAGCAAACAAACAUGGCCAUGCUGUCCCCUCGAGACUUUGUGAAGAGCUCCAUGCAGUAUAUCAGAGCUGGGGACAAAACAUACGGCAGCGUCUGUCACAUGUUCUUGGGCUGGUUACUAAACUCCAUCCCACUCAAGAUUCUCCACACGGAGUCUGUAUUGCACGGUCUGCAGGAGUACGUGGAGAGAAAACAGGAAGAAAAGAAAAGCUCCAGCUCUGUAAUAAGCGAAGCUUAAAAAAAAGGAGAGAGCAAUAACAGUGCCAAGUUGUUUGUGUUCCAUCGCAUACAGUAACAGAGGAACCCCGAAAGUCAGACGCAGUCCAUUAAGUGAUGCCGGUUCUUUUGAAAACAUGUUUUCCCUUUGGAAAUCAUAUAAAGUUGUUGUGACGUUUGUGUUGUCGCGUCAGGGCUCGCCGCAAAGAGUGACUUGCAUUAAUUGUUUGGCACAGUUUUUAUGCCAGCUCCCCUGACUGACGCAACCCAAACAUUUUUUAUCUGGGCUUGGGACCUGGAAAUCAUGUCCUGAAUUCAGUGAAUUAAUUCCAUAAAACUGUUAUGAACAGUACAGGGCAAUAUUUGAAUUCACAUUUUUAACAUUCUUAACUAUCACACAAUGUUUAAAUACUGUUAAAGUUAACCAAUGAGUAAUACCUAUAAAUACAACUAAAAUAGAGUAAAACUACUCAUCAUUUGAAGAAACCUAACAGACACAAAAUGAAGUAGGAACAGGAAACAAGCUUCUGCGGUCAUUUUCAAUCUCAUCAUUGGGCACUAAGCUUUUAGCUAUUUAUGGUACAAUCUGCUCAGUAAAAUUAUGUAUGUAAACCCCUAAAUAGCAAAUAUCCGCUAGUUGACACCCCCAAAAAGGGUUAUAAUUGCCCAUAGAUGCCACCAGAUGGCGCCAAAGCAAUACUGUUACAGUUUUGCGCAAAAACAGCAAAUAGGUGAGUUUAAAAGUGAAUAAUGAAUGUGAGGUUAAAAAGAAAAUUGAUGAAAAGAUGAAUUUGCAAAUAAGCAGGGAUUCAUUGUAUUGUACCGAGCAGCCAGACCUUUUCCUAUGUCGUGGUCAGUUCCAUUUUUGGUUCAAUGGUUAUCAUCCCACAUUUCCUUCUGUGGUGGCAUCACAAAAAAAGCCAAAGAAAAAGCAAAAACGUGCCAAUAUAUUAAUGCAACGAAUAGCAAAAACAUUUUUACAAUUUCCUAUAUUAAUACUUUAAAUCGUAAAUGUACCACAAACUAUGAUUCCAAACACUAAUAUCAUUUCAAGCACAUUUUAUAACAUUAUCCUUAAAAAUAAAUAGCUUACAGAUUAUUUGAUUUUGAAAAAAUGUGUCGGAAGUGCAUGUGUGCAUGCGGCAAAGACUCUCUAACAACAACAAUAACCCAGGCUAAACCUACUUCCUCCCUGAGAUACAGAGCUCGUCUCUCGGUUACGAUGUAUCACUUCAACAUGCUUCUUUGACACUUUUUAUUGAGAUAGAGCAUAGGCCUUGUGACAUCCUGUGGCAUUGUUUCAGAAAGGGCACCCAAAAAAACAAACAAACAAACAAAAAACACAAAAUAGAUAAUUUUAGUGCAUAGCUGGGGAAAUGUACUCCCCCCAAAAAGACCUGAACAGGUGAAUUUGUGAAUAGUGAACCAUGAAUGUCCGGGAGAUUACUUUAAUCAACGAGAUGCUCAUUGAACCAAAGUUUCAUUUUCCGUGUAUGACGUCACAAAUAAUGGUUUCAACUUCAAAGUUUUGUUUGACUUGGAGACAUUACUGUUGGGAAAAUUUGGGUGGCAAUUCACAUACAGUAGUUUGACUUUGGAGGUUUACAUGUGUCCUGAAGUUGGAAUAUAGGAAGUGCAGGCAUUGGGAAUUUGUGAGGAAAGUAAGUAAUGUAGAAAAAUACCACACUGAGUGUUAUUUGAUUACUAAGAGUUGUUACAUAUCAUGGUCAAAGAGUUAUGGUUUGUCUUUAUGUUGAUGUUGAAUUUAUUACUGAAUUUGUAAUGUAUACUGCAAUAUUUAACUAAGGCCACUGGAGGUGCAACGCAAGGGUUUGGAUGAUUCCGGUUGUGGAGCAGGACAGGACUUCCUUAGAAUUUCUUGUGGAUGUUAAGUCUGAGCCCUUUAAGAAGAAGAAUUUUAGAUUUGUUUUUUUGUUAGUGAAGACAAGAAAAACAUUGUCAAAGAUUCAUGCAAAUUAGGUGGGUUCAACUACAACAAUUGGUCAGCAUUAACAAAAAAACUAAACGUGAUAAUGAUGCUCAGUAUUGAUUGAUACCACUGGAGAGGUAUUUGAACUGUGUUUAUUCUAUUGUCAUUUUAUUUUGAUGUGGUGGAUUAGUUUCAUAUUUGACCAUAUACUGUGUGUGGCUGAAAUAUAUUUCACCUGCAGGCAAAGCAAUUGACAUAGAAUUAAUAUUCAUUUAUUGGUUUAUAUUCAUAUUGGACGUGUUUGUAGCUACUCAACAUUAUUAUUGGGACCUGUCAUUUUGCUGAAUUUCUGUGCUACAUGAAUGGUGUCAAAAACCAGUGAAUCCCAACCACCGCACAGGAAAUUCUCCAAUUUUAUCUUAUUGGUCUGAUUUUGUUGUUGUUCAUCUAUCUAUGCCAGCAACAUAUAGUGAAAGGCAGAACAAAUAAAUGCUGUUCCAUUAGAUAGCAGAAGGUACAAUUAACUUAUGUAUCCACCAGUUGCCAUUUAUUCAACAAAAUAAUUGCUUUGUGUUCAACUAAACAGACCCAGAUUUCACUCUGAUUAAGUUCAUAUGUGAGUAAAUUUAGACAAAAUCAUUUCAGAACUGUAUAUAUACUUUGAUAUAUUUUUUGGUUGGUGGUGUGCCGUAUGAUUUUUACAUGUAACGUGCCUUGUCUCAAUAAAGUUUGGGGAAAAAAAUGGCAAACAAUUUAAUAAAGCUUGUGUAGAUGU